AGUGUCUGUUCCCUUCCCUUAUCACAAUGAAAACAUGGCGGUGAUGGUGGCGAUACACUCAAUUAUCGAUCAGUUCGAUGUAGCCGAAAUUGCAAUGAGGAGAAUCACCAUAGUGUUUUGUCGAUUGUAAGUCAAAUACACCAGAUGCUACAUAUGUAUGGUUCUCAGCUCAAUAAAAUACCCGAAUUAAAUCUAUAUUCUUAGAAAUUGACAUUGUUUUUCUUUGGAACAUUUUUGUUGUUAUUUUUUUUAAGCUAGGGUUAGUGAUAAAAAGCUCUCGAUAUCGUGCCGGUAUUGUGAUUGUCAUUCACGGGCACAGAUGUUGGGGUUGAUAUUGAUUUGUCUGUGCAUAGAGAGGAAUGCACCAGCCAAGCUGCCCAAAGGUAUGUCCCCUAAGCCUUACGGUCCAUGCCAUCGCCAUGGGCAUGGGCAUGGGAGCUAUAUUUUUCAAUUAAAUUAAUAAUUAUAAUUUUGUUAAACUGUCACCCUUUUUAAUUAAAAAAAACCCAACUAGUUUAGGUUUUAUUUAAGUUCUAAUAAAAUGAUAUAAUCUAUCUAGUAUCUAAGCCUCUUUUAUUUAUUAUGCCAUUAUGCAUUUUUAUUAUUUAGACUUGACUUAACUUAACAUUGAGUUGACUCAUUGACUAAACCUAAAGCCUAAUAGUCAGUCUACUGACUCCUACUGAUAGAGAUUAUGAUUUCGUUUACUUAUAUUCAGAAAAAUGUCUGGUCCUAUAAUUUGGGUAAUUUUUAUGAAGUGACUUUGCAGCCCAAAACUAAAUCAGGGCUCCAUAGUCCUUUUUAAAAUUUAAAUGCUCACAAUGACAAUGUAAAAAUAAAGACAAUAAAUGAUGUUAAAUUAAGCUUUAAAAAUUAUUGAUGAUGCCCAAGCAGGCUGAAAACUGGCGAAAAUAUACUUCUUUUAAACAGCUAAGUCAAAGUUUAGCCAUGCCUUAGUAAAUUUAACUAAUAAUAAAUAAUUUCAUCUUUAUUUCAUUUGUAAAAAUGGUCUUAAACUUAAGUUAAUCUGAACAUUUAAAUAUUUUUUCAACAACGCUCAUUGCCUUUGUGGGAAAUAUUUAAAUCGGCUAUGUAACAAUAAAAAAAUGGAAUAUAUAAAAGCACUUAUAACUUCAUGUGUUCAGGAGAAAUGAGUGCUGGUGGCUGCCAUUUUUAUAAUUUAAGUCAUUGGAAAGUUGAAGGAACGGUUUAAGCACAAAUUAAUUAAAUGUUUUUAUUUCCUUGAAAUUCAAUUUUUACAAUUUUUUUGGAGGCUGUUCCUAUUUUCAUCUGAUUUUAACUUUCUUAAGCUUUCAAAUAACAAAUGUAUUUGUGUAUUUUUAUAACCUAAAAGUUUUAAUUAAAAAAAAAACUUACUUGGAGCUAAUACUAACCCUUACUGUGGAGGCUAGCGUCCUAGUAACAGGCGCCAUCUGUUAGUGUUUUGUAAUAUAUAUAUCUAUAACAUGGCAUCUACUUCUCAUGCUAUAUCCUUAAACAAUGAAAUAAAUACAAAUGCAACAUAUCUCAAAUUGAAUUUUAAGGUGCUGCUUUUAUUUCUUAAACAUGUCUUAAAAUGCAUUGCUUUGAGAAAGUUUGUGCAGAAAAUAUUUUUUAAAAAUUAAUAAAAGUAAAACAUAUUUAUAAAUAUAUCCUACAUUUAAUUUGAAUCCUUUGGCUUCAUAGAGUGCCAUUACUUAAGCAUUUUAAUAAAUUUUAAAUUAUUUUCUACUUUUUAGUGCAUUUAAACUCGUGUUAGAAAGUCUUUUUAAAAAGUUUAUUAAUUAUAUUUUUUUUGGCUUGUACAUUGACAAAUGUUUAGUUAUGGAGAUAUAUGAUAUUUGAAUUGCAAUUAUCUAAUAAUGUGAUAGCCGCAACGGGCAUUGAUUAGAUUGAGCCACUGGAUUAAUUUGAUUGUUCAAGUUUUAUAGCACUGAAAUUAAAUGAGGGGAGUUGAUGUGGGAAUGAUUCAGCUUCUGAUGAUUCAUUGGCAGUGGCAAAUAACCAUUUGACAUUUGGAGUUGACAUUAGACAUCUGUCAUUAGCCCACCUAGUUUAGUGUGUCCCCAGUAAAGAGAUUAUUGAUUAGCUUUGGCUUCAUGUUUUGAGAUUAUGGAAGAAACUCUCUAGAGCAAGGGAUCAUUUUAAAUGUUUAGUUGGAGAUAAACUUGCUGUUGAUCACAAUAAAGAUCUAUUUGACAUUUUAUGUUUCCUUAUAAAUAUAUUAGUAGCAAAAGUUGUUUUUUUUAAAUUCAUUUUUUUUUCAAUGCUUAAAUUUUAAAUUAUAUUGAAAUAUUAAUUGUUUUGAAUAAAAAAACUAAAACUCACUUUUCUGAAUUCCUCAGAUUUUAAUGAGACCUAGCUCACCGUUAUUGCAUUCGUACACAAUGUAGUUUAUAAAGCAGUGGUUCUCAAAAUUUUUCAGCUACCCCCUCCUUUGAGACAAUAAAUUCAUCCUCAUCUACCCCUGGCCCUGGGACCCUAUUAUAAGCAUUUUCAGAAUCAUAUUUUGCAACAGCCUCUGUGUAAGAAAAAAGGGUCCUAUGUAAAUGAAAAUGCAAAUGGAACUUACUCUUGAAUUGAAUUUGAUAAGCUUAUUAAUUUGAUGAAAUGAUAAGACAGGUUAUUGAAGUAGGUUAAUUAUUUAGCAAGAGUUUUAAAUGUCUAUCGUCUUCACUGAUCAAUUAAUGUAUUUUUAAUGUGAUGUCUAUUCCUUCUCUAGCAACAAAAGUAGUGUUUGUUUCUUCAAAUAUAUCCAAAAACCUCGUCAAAUAGUUAAAUGAAUCAUGCACUUGCCUUAUAAUGCCAAUGAACUUUUACAGUAAGAAGCAGCUACACUUAAAAUCUGCAUGAUUCUCCGCACAGACUAGAGUGGUGAAGAACAGUCAAUGAUUAAGAGCUGCCAUUUAAUUCACCUCAGUAAUGAGCAUGAUUCUCAGCACAGACUAGAGUUGUGAAGAACACUCAAUGAUUAAGAGCUGUCAUUUAAUUCACCUCAGUAAUGAGCAUAAUUCUCAGCACAGACUAGAGUGGUGAAGAACAAUCAAAGAUUAAGAGCUGCCAUUUAAUUCACCUCAGUAAUGAGCAUGAUUCUCAGCACAGAUUAGAGUGGUGAAGAACAGUCAAAGAUUAAGAGCUGCCAUUUAAUUCACCUCAGUAAUGAGCAUGAUUCUCAGCACAGAUUAGAGUGGUGAAGAACAGUCAAAGAUUAAGAGCUGCCAUUUAAUUCACCUCAGUAAUGAGCAUGAUUCUCAGCACAGAUUAGAGUGGUGAAGAACAGUCAAAGAUUAAGAGCUGCCAUUUAAUUCACCUCAGUAAUGAGCAUGAUUCUCAGCACAGAUUAGAGUGGUGAAGAACAGUCAAAGAUUAAGAGCUGCCAUUUAAUUCACCUCAGUAAUGAGCAUGAUUCUCAGCACAGAUUAGAGUGGUGAAGAACAGUCAAAGAUUAAGAGCUGCCAUUUAAUUCACCUCAGUAAUGAGCAUGAUUCUCAGCACAGAUUAGAGUGGUGAAGAACAGUCAAAGAUUAAGAGCUGCCAUUUAAUUCACCUCAGUAAUGAGCAUGAUUCUCAGCACAGAUUAGAGUGGUGAAGAACAGUCAAAGAUUAAGAGCUGCCAUUUAAUUCACCUCAGUAAUGAGCAUGAUUCUCAGCACAGAUUAGAGUGGUGAAGAACAGUCAAAGAUUAAGAGCUGCCAUUUAAUUCACCUCAGUAAUGAGCAUGAUUCUCAGCACAGAUUAGAGUGGUGAAGAACAGUCAAAGAUUAAGAGCUGCCAUUUAAUUCACCUCAGUAAUGAGCAUGAUUCUCAGCACAGAUUAGAGUGGUGAAGAACAGUCAAAGAUUAAGAGCUGCCAUUUAAUUCACCUCAGUAAUGAGCAUGAUUCUCAGCACAGANGGGGGGGGGCGGCCACCCCCCCCCCCCCCCCAUCCCCCCGCUGUCCCGCCAACUCUUUGAGAACCACUGAUAUAAAGUAAGGAUUUUAAAAAAUUUAAUAAAAUGUCAGUUUUGAAUGGUUAAUUCGAAUUGUUAAAAUAAUUUGUCAUAUGCUAUUUCUUUACAGACGAUGAAAGAUCUGAGACACCUGUGAAUGUUAUUAGUCAAUCAGCUAAAGGUUAUUUUCACCUGAAGUAACCUCUCCUGGCUUAAAGUUUAGCCAUGAAGAACAAACCAGUUGUUCCUGGAAAUUCUGGGCGUUCAAACGCAAAAGGCAUGAGUAAAGAGAGUGGGAAACAAGGAAAAAUGAUGUCCCCCAAAAAGGCAGAAACCAAAAGAGCACCAUUGAAACUGAGAACCAAGACUGAUAAAUCUAUAGCUAACCGUACGAGAGAUAAAUCCCCAAAAGAAACAAAAACAUUGAGUGCCAGAAAGUCUCAAUUGCCUCUCACGGAUAAGUCCAAAGUAACUAAAAGCAGGUUGUCUGAUUCUACAAAGUCAAAAACGCUGUCUCAGAAAAAAUCCAACGAUUUACUUCGUGGAGUCAAAUCAAAGGUUUCGGCGCAGAAAACCAAGGCCGAUAAAGCCAAGGCCAGUUUGAAACAGAAAGAUAUCAAGCGAAAAUUGAAAAAACUGACAAGUUCUAAUAGUUUUCUUGAUUUUUGGGGUCUGAAAGUGGUUGGCAAACGAGAGGCCAGCUUAAACGCCAGCUUGAAAGUAAAUAUCAUGUACGAGAGGUCGGUCCCGGUCAAGUCACAGGUAAAGGUGCCUAAAAAACUGCUAGAGAAUAGCGAGGAAGGUCCCAAAGAAGAAAAAGGCAAAGAUAAAGCAUCAAUAAAAGUGACACCUGAAGAAGCUGUAGACAAGAAUAGAUUAGUUAAGAAAGAAUGUUCUAGGUCAAAGACAAAGCUAGAAGAGUCAUCUAAAUCACAAAAGUCUAGUCUUAAAAAUUCACAAACAAAGCCAAAGAAGGAAUCUGUGACAAUGAUCCAUACCGGUAGUGACAAAAAAAGGCGGAGCCCAGAGUAUAAGAUUUUCAAAGAUGAACCGCCGGCAAAGUGUCGAAAAACGUCGUCUGCCAAGUCCCUGUCAAAAGCCAAAGCAGCUGUCAAAAAGAAAAAGAAACCCUUCCCUAGCGGUCAUCAGCUUAGCAACAUCAUUGAAAAGUCCCCCAGACAGGCCAGCUUGAUAGCCAAGGCAAUGAUUGCACUAGAGCAAGAAGAAGAAUCUGUGCUGGAAUCUGCUGCGAGGACAAGAGUAUUUGACUGGACAGAGCUGAGAUCCUAUGUUCAGAAUCCUUCUAGGCAGAUGAGAUGGAAGACAGGGCUGGGAAGUCCUGAUCCUAAACCUGAUGUUAAGAGCAGUGAUGCUGUGCCGGCCACAGACAAAGAUGAGACAUCAGAGAUAGAUGUCAGCAAUCUCGUGGACAGUGUUGAAGAACGGGAAUCUUUUCAUAAUACUCUGCUUAGAACUUUACAUCAAGUGGGAGACAGUCGGCUCCUGAAAGAAUAUUUAAGGGCCCAAAAGGAGGACUUCCACGGCUGCAUUGAUGUAGAGAAAUGUCCAACUCCAGAAAAGUUAAAAGUUGCCUCCCCUAGUCCAAAAAAGCUUUGUUUAACACCCGUAUCUGAUGAAAAACCUGAAAAAAUAGCCUCCCCUGUCAAAAUUCAAUCUUGCAGAGUGGCAACGCCCAUUCCGCAGCUGCCUGUUGGUCAGAGAACAAGCCAUAUGACCAGUUACAUCCACCAUCCUAUUCCCCAGCCGGUGUACGCUCCGCAGCACUCGCAUCCUCAACCCAUCAAAGUGCCCCCCAGCUACACACAGCCUGCCUACAUCUACCAGUAUGCCAUGGAUAGACAACAGGGGCUCUACGUCCCAUCAAGCCCAUCACCUGUUCCUUAUGGGGUCAGCAGUAGUGACAUUGUCAAUGAUUUUUCAUCUUACACUCUCGGUCCAAUGGGAACUCGGAGUCUGGGUAGAAGAGGAAUUGCUCCAUACCAAGCAAAUUUCAACCCAUCAAUACAUCUCCCCAUGCAACAAAUUGGUAAGACUUUUAUUUUUCAUGCAUACUUAAUACACAUUUAACAUUAUGUAGGAUUUGCACUUCUACCAAGGAAGAACAUGAUUAAUAAAUCAUUUUUUAACAUUUGUUUUAAUUGGCGUUAGUUUUGAUUUAUCAUCAUUGUUAAAUUUCUUGAUUAGAAAAUUAAAGUUGCAUAACUGUAAUGUAUCCUUUACCUCAGGGGUCUCAAACUCAAAUCAUCCACAGGCCGCAGGAGUUAGAGUCUGAGUUAGAAUGGGCCCCAUCAAGUGGUUCACCAAAAAAGCCAUUACACAUUGACUUAAGUGCAACAGUUACAAUCUGCCAAAUCUUUAUAAAUCGCGAAUAAAUGAAAACAUGAAGCGUUCUCAAGAACUAGGCUUCACUUUCUUCCACCUACUCACUGUUGCCAGAGACUUGGCAGCACUUCUUCUUGCACAGCUGAGCAACAUUUGGCUUGAGUGAGGAAGCAACUGAUGCCCUCAGUAUAGCUUGAAGAUGCUCAUUAGUAAGUUUGGCCCUGAGCUUUGACUUGUUCAAGUUCAUAGUGGAAAAGAGCUUUUCACACAGAUAGGUAGUCCCAAAAAGGCACACGAUCUACUAGAAACAACCUGGAAAACUCAGGGAAUGUGGAGGGGAAUGCUCUCAUAAAUUUUCCAAGCUUCUCUGUUUUUCAUUGUCCAAACUUAUACAAACUAAAAUAAAGAUCAGAUAUAUACUAAUCUGUGAGAUUUGACUAAAACCGUCGCAACGAUUCACAUUACAGAUAUGAGAAUGGGGAAAACACGUGGGCCGCAUUAAGAAUAAACUUUGCCGUCAGGUAGCGGGCAGCAAAAUAUCGUCUUGCGGGCCGCAAAUGGCCCGCGAGUUUGAGAUCAAAGCAUUGUAGCUGUAGUGUUGCUGUAGUUGUAAUUUUAGUGGUAGCUGUAGAUGUAUUUGUAGUUGUAGCUGUAGUUGUUGCUGUAAUGUAAUUGUAGCUGUAGUUUAAUUCGCAUUUUUAUUACAGUUUUAAAAUCUGGAACUGUUACAAAUAUUGUACUAAAACAAUUCAAUAUGUGUGCAGUUUUGAGUUUUACAGACAGUGAAGAUAUAAAUGCAACCAAUCAAGUAAAUUUGUUCAAGAUUGUAUCUUUUCUUUUCUUCUCAGCUGGAUUCAAUUAUCCAUCAUACUACACUGCACCUAUUCAAAGUCUGCCACAAUCUAAUGGUCCAGCACUGCAGGCCUUACACCAGAGAUAUCCUUUGGUUCAAGCCCAAUCUGUGAUACAUGCUUUACCUCAGGACAUGGGACAAAUGGGAACUUAUCCUGCCGGCUAUCAACCCUACCCGCAGCUUCCGAACAUGAGUCAAGACGCCGGCUGCAUGCCGCCUCCUCCGCCCCCGGCUCAUUCCCACAGACCAACUUCUAUCGGGCCCCCUCCCUUGGGGCCCCCAUCCAUAUCUCACCAACCAUCUGUAUCUCCCAUGGAGUCUUUGAGGUCAAUGAAUCCUGUGGGGGUCCAGCCUAUAGUCAAAUCUCCUGUUCUGGACUUUACAACAGGAUCAGACCGUCAGGCCAUGAAUCCUCAUCGCCAGAUGGUGCUGCCAGCAUACAAUAAAACAAUUUACUAUUCCACUAACAGAAACACUAACUCCAAUUCGCCUGCCAAGUAUUCUGUAAGCAUAAAUGGGCACAGCACAUUUUCCCCAUGUAAGAAAGAGAGGGAAGAAGUUUCUGCCCAAAACUGUGAUGUAAUACAAAGAAGCACCAUCUGCAGCAGUGAGAGUACUCAAAGGACAUCUAAUCCCCGCAGAACAUCCUCGGAGGGCUCCGAUGUUUCUGAUCUUCUUCACAGCGCACACACUGCUAUGUAUCAAAUAGAUGGAAUGAACUCAUCAGAAAUCCACCAGACCCAAUCUUCAGUGAUGUGCAAUACCACGGUGGGUAAGAGCAGCCCUUCAAAAAUCAGCAUUAUCGGCCACACAUCCUUCAACGCAUCCUACUCGGUGUCAUCCAUUCUGGACAUGCCAACUUAUAAGAUCAAACCUGAACCGCCCGAAGUAAAGCUUUGUGCAAUGCACCCAGCAAAUCUUCCAAACAGCAUCAACUGCAAGCCACUGGAUGUUCCUCAGAAAGAAAAUACUCCUUGUACUCCUUGCGUUAUGGCCGCCUCAACCAUCUCUGACAAAGGCACGGAUACGAGGGAUUUAAAGAUGGAAACUCCUAGUAUUAAAACGCAGAAACUUGACUCAGUUUUUCUGAACCAGAGCAGCUGUCAAGUUGUUCUCGAGAAGCCUUUGGAGGCUCAAAGGAAUAAUAAUGAUGUCAUAGUUAUUGAUGACACGGACGAGUCUUCAGAUGAUGAACCAUUGGCCAAAUUGGUCAAAGCUAAAACUAAUGAUAAUGCUGAGAAUGUAGCGGUAGAGCCCUCUCUGUCUGACAGUCAGAAGGUCACAGAUGCACUAGGGAAGAAGAACCAGUCUCAAAUUUCUGGCUGCUUGCAGCUUAAAAAUAAAGUGAAGAAAGAAGUGGAAAAUAAAAUCAAAGAGGAUGGUAAGCUCAAAUCAGGUUUUAAAAAAACAGAAAAGCAAUCUAUUGUCAGCAUCAGUUAUCAGAGAGGGCCACACAACAAAGAGAAAAAAUGUGUGAGCUUCAAGACUGCGUCUGAUGCUGAAAAACGUGCAAUAAUGAAAGUCCACGAGAACAAUAAUAAUACAAUGACACCUUUAAUUAUAGUGAUAGAUGAUGCCACCAAAGUGGACAAAAGCGGUGAAUUCAAAGCUAGAGGGAAUGGGAAAAAGACAUUAGGUGUGUCCAAUCCAAAGUCUAAAAAGCUGAGUAAGAAAGUCAAGGUGGAUCUUGUGUUUCCCCAAGUGCCCCCCAGAGCUAACACCAACCAUGGAUGGACCUGGGUAGGAGAGGGUCAAAUGAAAGCCAUACCUAAACUUACAUUGGUGAGUUGUUAGUGGGUAACAGCGGUACUAACUAUUCUUGAGCAGUGUGCAAAUGGUUAGAUGAAGGCUAGGCCUUUGAGGCUUCCAAUCUCUACAGAGAUAUCAUUUAAUCUCUUGUUGUCUGAAUGAUCCCAAGCCCAAGUAGCCUGCAAAUAACAUGUAUGUUACCCCGCUAACCUUUCAGGCACUCUGUUUCUAUUUAAAUUUUUUCAUUUAUAGGCCAGGGAAGAACAUGUAAGAAUACGUAAGAGCUUCAAAGCCAUGCGUCACAGUUCGGGCGAAGUUGUUUCAGUGCGAGACAGCGUCAUUUUGCAGUCAGAUGGUGAUGGCAGUAUUCCAUAUGUGGCACGAGUCAGUGCUCUAUGGGAGAAUCUAAAUGGUAGGUUAUAACAUCUCUGAUGAAUGAUGAUUAACAUUAGCUUUACAAAAGAAAUAGUGACUCAAUAUUUAAUGCAUUUGUAAAUUAUGAAAUAAGCUUGAAAAUACAUUUUUUUUAAAUUUAAAAAGCCCCAUCCAGCAGAUAGCAAUCAGUUGAGAAAUCUUCAAGGUUACCUCAUUUAAUGCUCUGCUGGAUUUGUCAUUGAGACAUUUACUUUGAUCUUACAAGCAUUGACAGUGGUCUGUCAUUAACUUUAAUGUACAUCUUUGCUCUGAGGAAAUCUCAUGUUUCGUUGAUCUGUGUUGUGCUUGCCAGGUGAAAUGAUGUUCAGCAUGCUGUGGUAUUAUCAGCCAGAGCACACUGUGCAGGGACGGGAGCCCGAGGAUGGGGAGCAGGAGCUUUUUGCCUCAAAGCAUAGAGAGGAGAACAGCGUGGCUUGCAUAGAUGACAAGUGUUUUGUACUUAUGUACAAUGAAUAUUGCAGGUUGGUAACAAAAUUGGCUUUUGGCCCUGGGGAGUAUAUUAAAUUGGUAUUGAUGAUAAACAUACUUAACCAAAGUCUGAAUACAAAGUAAAGCUGAAUACGAUUAAAAAAUAAAUAUUUUAUAUUGAAAUUUUUGUGGAGGCAUGGAUUAUUUUUCUUAUUAAAUUAAUAAUUUUAAUGUUUUGCAUUUCUUAAAAACUAUCUGUAAUGCUAAACCAAGAAUCAUAACUUGAUUACCUAAUUUAAGGACACAUAUUUACGAAAGAUUGAUGUUCUUCAGAUUGGAAGCAGAGGCUGUCCGCAUUGAGCAGGGAGUGGCCUUACCACGUUGGAGAGCUCAACUACCUGGCAUAUCAGAAGAGGACCAGAAAUUCCUUAGACCAAAGCCACCAGCAAACGCCUGCGCAGAGAAUAUCUGGUUUUGCAGGUAUGAUUAUGACAUUAGAAAAAAGAUUGUCAAGAAGCCGAAGCACAAGAAAUCAAAUCUGAGGUACAGGGCACCAUGCAAAAUUGUCUAAGCAUUAAUUUUCAAUGUACACUGGUUGGCCUUUAUAUUAUUCCACUGAUGACUUUUUUUUAUGUACCACUGCUGUUGAAUGGUGAAAUUGUAUCAUAAUGUAUCAGGGUCCAAGUAUGUUGAUUAUUGGG